AUGAAGAUCGAUAAAGAAAUCCCACACCCAAUCCAUCCAGAGCACAAGCUAAAGCUUGAAUAUACAGAGAUACCAUUCAACUGUGACGGAUGUAAGGAAGCUGGCAUUGGCCUCAAAUACAGUUGCCAGCAAUGUGAGUUCGACUUGCACAAGGCAUGUGCUAUUCCAUCUCCUACCAUUACUCAUCCCUUUUGUAAAAAAUGUGAGUUCCAAUUCCACUAUAAGCCCCCUGGGGAACAGAUGAGGAUUUGUGAUGCGUGUAGAAAUGAUGUUCUAGGCUUUGUCUACGACUGCAAGGGAUGUGGUUUUGAUCUUCAUCCUUGUUGUGUAAAUCUUCCUCAAGUCUUGGAUGAUGGAGAACAUAAUCUUUACUUGUUCCUCAAACUGUCUAGCUCAUGCCUUCUCUGCGGUGGCAAAGGACCUGGUUGGUCUUACAGGUCUCAAUGCAAGAGUUAUAAUCUUCAUGUCUCGUGUGUUAAAGAGUUGCUAGUUGAAAGUUGGCAAGCCAUGUAUUUAAAUGCUGAUAAGAACAAGGUCAGAGAGACGCAGACCAGGAUUCCAAGCCUCAAGGGGACACUGAAGAACCAUCAUGGGGGGAGAGGGGGAAAGGUAAAGAAAUGUUGUCAGGUGGUUGGUGCGGCUGUUCGUCUUAUUGUCUCUGCAAUUCUUGGCGAUCCUACAGCUACAAUUGCUGCAGUGGUCGCAGGUUUUAUGUCCAAAUAGUAAGGGGCGCCAGAAGACCAAAAUUAGCAGUAUGCUUAGUGCUUAACUACAUCUACAAAUUAAGUCGGAAAGGGGCUUCGGAUCAAGUAUCGAGCCUCCAAUAUAAAUGUU